CAAUGUUGGACUCCAACUUCACUUAACAAAAUGACAACAUAAGAAAUUAUGAAUUUACGUCUGAAGAUUUAAAAAAAGUUACCCUGUUUACGAAAUCUGUUUCUUGGAGGACUAAACUUCAGCUGUACUUUCCUGUGGUAAUUGUAUGGGGAAAUAAUUUAACCUGGAUGUAAAUAUGGAUCACGAAGAACGGCUGAAAGCGUCAUUGCAUUUUACCGUGGGUAAAAUGUGUGAAGAACAGGAAGCUAGAACUCACAUUAGUUUUGACAAGCAUGUGAUAGCAACAAUAAAUGAAAUUGUCUGGCAAAAGAUCAAGCUGGUUACACAAGAUUUGGAAGCUUUUGCCAAGCAUGGAAAGCGCACAACAAUCAAUGGAGAUGAUGUGAAGCUGCUGGUUCGAAGGAAUGAAGAUUUAAAAGCCAUAGUAGAAACACUAGGAUCAACCAACUCAGAGGAUAAUGCAAAAAUAGACAAGGGGAAAGCAUUGGUGAAGAAGAAGAAAAUCGAGACUGUUCCACCAGAAGUGACUCUGGACACAGAUGAUGAUGACAUGUUCACAUGACUAUGAUCUAAGCUGUAUUGUUCUACAUCAGGGAAGACAGUCGUUUUGUGCGUUUGGGAGGAUUAUGUGGUAUGCGGAACAUCAAAAAUAAUUAAAAUAAACGACGCUUCUAAAUCGCCGCAAAUAGAAACACCGAAUACAUAUUAAGAGGCGUGUAGAAAUUCCAACCGAUUAUUAUUUUUUUUAUGGCUACCAAAUAAAUGGUCGAAUGUC